AUGGCGCCUAGUAAACUCGUGUGUGAUUUAUGCUCUGAGCAAAUUAAUGACAAUAUUUCUAAUAUACAGUGUGUGAGUUGUGAAAAGUGGUUCCACGCUAAGUGCUUAAAAAUUAAAUCUAAAGACAUAAAAAAAAUUGUGACGGAUAACAAAAUAAACGGCAACGAAUGGAAAUGCAAUCAUUGCAAAAGUGAGGUUAGGGCCACGACGUCAGACGACAGAGAUGACCCUAGCAUUAGUGAAAUGGAAAAGUUAUUUCGUAAGUACUUUAUACCAUUCAAAAGUGAGGUUGAAAGCAAUCUUACCGCCAUUAGAACGGAGCUUCUGAAAAUUUCGGAACAAAAUGAUUUAGUUAAUAAUAUAUGUAAGCAACUAAAAACACAAGUGACAUCUGUUGAGGAAAAAGUUAAAACGCUUGAAGAACAGUUUGUAAGUGCAGAUGAAAUGUACGCCGAAUUUAACGAUCAGUCAUGGCUAAAGUCUGAUAUUGCUGAUGCCGAGGUAAUCGACAACACAUAUGCGAUUUUUAGGUGCGAUAGAGAUCAAAUUAGUGAUAAAUAUGAAAGAGGUGGUGGUGUAUUCGUAGCAGUGAAGCAGAGUUUUUCAACGGAGUUGAUUGCACUUCCCAAUAAUAAUAUUGAACAAGUCUUUGUGAAAAUUAAAACUGCACCACACGACCUAAUUAUCUGCUGUGUUUACCUACCUCCUAAAUCAACUGUAGAAAUUUAUAAAGAGCAUAUAUCUUCAAUAACAUCAAUAUCCGAAAAAUACUCAAAAGCAAGUAUAUUAAUUGCAGGUGAUUAUAAUUUACCCAGCAGCCUACAGCAAGAGCAUUGUUCGUGCUUAGUUUAUGAAGAGUUGUCACUAAUAAACUAUCGGCAAUUUAACAACAUUCAAAAUCAUAGUGGAAAAACGCUUGACUUGUGCUUCAGUAAUACACACGCAACUGUAGAGCGUUCUCAUGCUUUAACUCAUGAGGACGCUCAUCACCCAGCCUUGUCCAUAAACAUCAACACCCAAAAACAUCUCGCUCCGAAAAAGACUCCUACAUACCAAUUUAAUAUAGCGGAUUAUACUGGUCUGAAUGACUACUUUUUUAACACUAAUUGGAUCGAUUUGUACAAGACAACCAACAUUGAUGAAAAAGUAGAUAAACUAUAUAAAAAAGAAAAAAAAAAUUAUUCAAAUACACCUGACACUCUGACUUGGAAUGGUUUAGUGGCUCAUGAAGGAGAAAAUAUUGCGAACCUAUUUGCAUCCUUUUUCAAAAAUACUUAUUCAUCUAGCAUCAAUAAAACUACAUCUAACGAAUAUGAGGAGGAAGCAAAUACCAUCGACGCCGACCUCUCAAACGUAGAUGUGAGUUUUGAUGAAGUAUACAAUCAACUGUUAAAAUUAAAUGUGAAAAAAGGAGCCGGUCCAGAUGGAUUACCUAACACACUUCUCAAGAAUUGCGCCGCUAGUCUCUGUGAACCACUCACACACAUCUUCACCAAAUCCUUACAACACGGUAGUUUUCCAUCAGCUUGGAAAUCAGCUUAUAUAACACCAAUCCAUAAAUCUGGAUCUAAAACAACAGCCGAUAACUAUCGUCCCAUUUGUAUCCAAUCUGCUAUUUCUAAGUUGUUCGAAAAAUUAGUGCUACCAAAAUUGUCGUGGUCAUUUAAAAAUAUCAUAACCACAAAACAGCAUGGCUUUUGUGGUGGCAGAUCUACAACAACAAAUCUACUAUUAUAUGCAGAACAAAUAUUAGGCGCAAUGAACAACGGCCUGGAUGUCCAUACAAUCUACACAGACUUCAGUAAAGCGUUUGACCUCGUCGAUCACGAUAUUCUGUUAAGGAAAGUACAGCGGUAUGGAGUCAGGGGCAAAAUAUUAGACUGGUUUAGAUCUUACUUAACAGGCAGGCAUCUGCAGGUGAGACUAGAUGGCCAUUUAUCUGAAAAAUACGAAGCGAUAUCUGGUGUACCGCAAGGAUCACACUUGGGACCAAUAUUAUUCAAUAUUUUUAUUAAUGACAUAGGUACUAACUUCAAUUCCGAUUAUCUUUUAUACGCAGAUGACCUCAAAAUCUACAAAACUAUAAAUUGUGAUGAUGAUAGAUUAUCGUUACAACAAGACAUUGCGCAAUUGAACAACUGGUGUAUAAAUAAUAAACUUAAGUUAAAUGCUAAAAAAUGCGCAGUAAUGAUACUAUCUCGAUCCCACAAUUCAAUUCAACAAGAUUAUUAUUUAGAAAACCAAAAAAUAAAUUCAGUGACUGCUAUAAAAGACCUUGGAGUUAUUUUUGACACCAAAUUAAACUUCUCACAGCAUAUUAACAAAAUUUCUCUUCAAGCCCUAAGAACACUUAGCUUCAUCAUCAGGUGUGGUCGAGAUUUCCACAGCAUAGACACACUGUACAUUCUGUACUCCACACUCGUCAGGCCUAUUCUAGAAUAUAACUCCAUAGUUUGGACACCUCACAUUGAAUUAUCAAGCAACAAACUUAAUAGAGUGCAAAGGAAAUUUGAAAAAUACCUUAAGCACUUUGCGCAAUCGAAAAGAAUAAGUGCACAUGAAAGCGAAAAAUUUUUACUGAAAUGCGAGGACAAUAACCUAAGAAAACGACAGCAAAUUACUGAGCUUAUUUUUUUUUCAUAA